AUGGUAAUUGUUGUAACAACUACUAUUAGUUGUUGUAUUACAACAACUAUCGAAGUUAUUGCAGCAACUUCGAUAGUUGCUGCAACAACUUCAAUACUUAAUUUCUGGAAAAAAAGAUGUGGUUGGAGAAGGAGUCCACGAAAAAGUAAUAUUUAUAAUAAAAAGGAAGGUGUUGGUGCUGGUGGUGACACGGAAUGCGAAGAUGACAUUUGUUGCGGUGUUGAUAGCGACGGUGGUGGAGGAGAAAGAAAAAAAAUAGGUGAUGGUUACGUAGAGGGAGAAAAUAAUGGUGAAUCUGGAGGAGGUGACAAUGGUAGUGAUAGUGAUAGUGGAGGAAGAGGAGGUGGCGGUGGCGGUGGCGGUGGCGGCAACAAAAAGGGUGUGGAGGAGGAGUGGUGGUGA